CAUUUCUGCGCUGCAUCGACAAAUGGCGCCGGUCAGUUGAGUGGCGAUCUCCGACAUGUCUGGACGCAGUGACAGCCGUCUGAGCCAAGCACAGUCCCUCAUGCUGACAAUGUAUGACGGUAACGAGCCAAGCCCAGUCUCGCCUGUGGACGCAGGCAAUGCAGAUAGCUUGGGUACUCCUUGCAUGAUUCCCGAAAGGUCAUUCAAUGCCAUCAACACUGCUCGCCCGUUCGUGCCAGUUCCUACGACCACAAGAAGGCGUAUUUUCGUACCAGCCAGUGCACUGAGUUCUGGAACGCUACCUACCACAACGACAUUACGACCACCGACUCGACUUGCAACGGUCAACUUUGGAACGUCCUUCUCAACGUUCCGACCGGGGACACGACCGCCAACGUCGCCAGCUCCAACAGGCACCAGCUUUUCGUUCUGCGACCAAAGGCAGUGCGUGAAGAUGUGUCGUGAACGCUUCGGUGACAGGCUGAACUCUUCCAGUUGUCUGGCAAACGCAUGCAAAUGCGAGGUUACACAAACAUGCAGCCCGUCACUGUGCCUGGAGAUGUGCCGUAAGAACAAUCCCGGGCAGGAGGUACUCUCCGCUGGAUGCCAGGGAGACAACUGUAGAUGCAGUCUUAACCAGCCCUGUGAACCGAGUGAAUGCCGACGUCGAUGUCUCCUUGCGCAUGGUGACAAGCUUAUCUCGGCUGACUGCGCGGUCAGGAACGCCUGCCAAUGUGUCCACAGUUAGACGUGCGGAACAGCGGCGGUGAAAUCUCAGUGCCUGAAUCAUCCCUACCAAAUGACUUUGUAAAUCGCACAAGAACCGGACGGCUCGCUGCAGACAAGACAUCCGCGUCGCUACAUGAGUGCGCUGUGAACGUAGUCGUGUGCAGGGAGGGGGGGGGGGGGGAGGGUAAGUGAGGCAGUGGGAUCAUUUGAAGGAGGGUGCCAGUUCUCUCCCGUAUCCUACUUAGUUGGGCAUCUUACACCAUUUUUAAGGCGUGGGGUGUGGCUCAUUAUGGCAUAACUGGUCAUGACUGAUUAUGCAAGGUCUCUAUCCGCAGGGUUAUAAUAUUAAUGUCAACCGAGGGGAUUGGAUGGUGAAUUCAAAGAACAGCCUACCAUCUACAAUUACUACCGGAUAUGGGUACUGCAGGAAAUAGAAAGCGGGGCCUUCGGAAGGUCGUAAUUAAAAACAUGCCAUCACUUCCUUUUUUUCCUUUUUCAUUUAUGGUAGAACUUGUUCUUUUGUUUACUAUUUUUCCCGAAAAAAACGAGCACAGUAGGAGGGGAGCUGCUGUGAAACUUGGCGCUGCGCAUGCAUAUGGCUAUCAAGAUUGCCUUACCUCGCCCUGAAGAUGUUAUAGGCCGAUGGGAUUAUGUCCAGCUAUGAACACUCUAAAACCUGGCGUAUAUAAAAACGUUCUUCGCGCAGCGAACUCUGCUGAAACAAAACAAUACUUCAGUCAAGGAAAAAAAAUACUUUUAAAGCGUUUGCCAUCUCAUGCGUACCACAAGAAGUUGUGAAUCCAAAAACAAAGCCUUGUGCUUCUAGGAUGAAAACGCUCCAAAUCAUCAAUAUUGUGUAUCUUAUAUAUCCCACAAGCAACUACCAUACAGCCGUGCCCUUUUAGCAGCAACAAGAACCACCAACUUCGGUAAUAAAAAUGUCUGACAAAUACUCAA